AUGGGUCCCGGCAGUGCGAGUGAGCCAUGGUUAUCCUACCGAACUGCGCACAGCAGAGUUGUCAGACGAGACGUUGCAGUCUCUGUGCCAAACGAGAGUCAAUGUAACCUUUCCGCUUGUGUUGUUGAUGCGAGAUGGGCUCAAGGACUGUUGUCCGUGGGCCUUGCUCAGGCGGUGCAACCAGAGGUCUAUUCGGUCACAAAAGCUCCCAAGUCCUGUGACAUUUCUGAAACAUCUUACCGGGCAUAUGAUAUGUUUCGUCUAGAUGCUGGACGUCAAGAAUCUUGGCGUCGACUUCCUAUCACUGCCAACUGCUUGGACGCCGUCAAUUUAAAGCUCAACGCGAGAAUAGAUAUGCCGUGGGACACGUCAGUAAUAAACAACAAUACUUUGAAUCCCAAUGACACCGAAACAAGAACGACAAUAUCGUCUCUCAUGUCUAUGGCGGCAUCCGACUCGUUUCUAGUGCCAAAUGUCGAACAUAUAACUACUCGCUUCCGUCUUUGCCGAUGCCAUAUCCCGCGCCGGCAUCUGGCAAGUCCUGAAUAUUACCAUCCCGAUCCAGGAUAG